CGCUCAUGUCUGGCAGAACUCGGCACAAACCGACCAACAACCAGUAUCAGUGAUAUGUUUUGAUGAUACAAUCAAUGCAGUGUGGUAUCCGGCUGCAAUGAGUGUACAAGGUAUUUUCGUUUGGAGGGGUUAUUAUAUAUGAGCACAAAACACGAACGGUGCAGAGGCAGACGCGCUUAACACCUUUCCUCGAUGGUACGGUCCGCGAAAACGAAAUGCAGACUUAGCGAAGAGGUCAGCACUCAAUUGAUAAGUGCUUCUCAUGCCUCGACGUGAAGUUGCGCACUGUACGCAUGAGGAGAAAGUCAGUCGAUGGAGGUGGUGCAUGAGAUGCCGCCGGCGGGGCCGGGCCCGGCCAGCGACUCCGGAUAUUAUUCGGUAGAUCCGCACUUGGCAAAGCAAUUGUCGAACCACUUUGUAGAAAAAUCGACUCAGAUGCACUUAGAUUGCUCACCAUGUUUAUCACUACGGACGAAACUUGAAAGCAUGGCAACAAAAGCUCAGCGGUUUACUGAAUUGCUUCAUCGGCAAGGCUACGUAACAGGUAGGCGAAAUAACAGGUCAGUCGUCAUAAUGUUGGCUCACUAGGGGCCAAGAAGGCAAUGUCUGCAGACGGCAGUUUGUAAGUCUUCUGUUGGGUUGUAGUGAAGUGUAAGAUAUAGCCCUUGUUGCCAUUUAGAUUCAGCUAAGUUAAUGAUCUAGUGGAUACGAACACAAUGGCACCGUUUCUUGCAAACAGAAAGUUAGGAACCACCGUCUAUCAACCCAGAAUCCAUAAAAAAUGC